UCUGCUUGUAGUUGCAAACUAGCAAUAUCAAGUAAGCAAGUGGUAGUUACUUUGAGUUCUGGUGGCGAUGGACGGUACUAGCUCCAACAAGAGACAACUGGAAGCUCAGCUAGAGGGAGAUAGCAAUGCUAAGAGGCACAAUGUCACCAUGAGGUUGGAGACCCUCGAUUGCUCUGUCUGCUCUGAGCCGCUCAGACCUCCGAUAUUCCAGUCUUCUUUGGGGCAUUUCAUAUGCUUGUCUUGCCGUUCCGAGAUCCUGGACAAGAAGUGCCACUUGUGCUCUGCCGUAACUUCCUUUGAGCGAUGCUUUGGGAUGGAACAUGUCAUCAAGUCAGUCACUGUUGCUUGCUCCAAUGCCAAGUAUGGAUGCGCCGAGCAGAUCAUCUACUAUCAGAAGGAAGAACACGAAAAGAUGUGCCCAAACGCCCCAUGCUUCUGCCCAGAGUCUGGCUGCGGCUUCGCUGGGUCUACAAUGGCGCUCCUGGGCCAUAUGACCGGCAAGCACAAGUGCCCGUUAUCAACCUGCGAUGAUCCUAGCAUGGUGAAUGUUUAUCUGUACUUGGAACCGGGCUUACGUGUUCUGCACUGCCAUGAAGAUGAUCAGUUUUUUCUGUUCAACAUGGCAUCUGAGUCAUUUGGGCAUGCCAUCUCUGUCGUGUGUGUACAACCUCGGGUGACAGAACCCAAGUUCACAUGUGAUUUGUAUUACGACAGCUCGACAACCGACGAUUCUCAGAAUUCUUGUUGCAAGGUAAGAAGCUCAUCACUGUCUGAUGGGCUACCAACGGGCUAUGACCUGAUUGUGCCCAAGGGGAAGGUUUCUGAUGAAGGAAAUGGUAUCAUGCUCAGAGCCACCAUCCGUGAAAAGCGCAACGUUUUCUAUGAUUCCGAUUCUGAUGAAGGCCGUGUGGCUCUUGCUGAUCUAAUAGGAAAAUUCUGGGUUAGUGUUGCUGGAUGCUCACUCGCGCCGCCCGUCCUCACUGCGCUGCUCGUCCACCUGCUCGCGCGCGCGCCUGUGCAGCGCCGCUCAGAUUGCUCGUGCGCGCUCGCCUGUGCAGCGCCGCUCAGAUUGCUCGCGCGCACUCGCCUGCUCAGCUGCAGCUCGCCCGCGCCGCCGUGA